AUGGACGAUGGAUUGCGAGAGGAGCACGAGCAUCAGUCGUGUGGUGGCAUUGCGGAGGAUCUUCGGUGUUGUCGUUCAGGGUUGGUGAUGCUGAGACCUUCGGCAUCGGUGAGUGUUGCAGUGGAUGGUCAAUGCGCCUCAAGUUUGGCAUUGGCGAAUGUAGGGAGGGAGUGCGCUUGCACUUCAUUCAUCUGGUGGCGGUCUUGA